GGAGAAGAGGGUGAGUGAAUAUUAAUAACCAGCAGGAUCCCAGAGAUGGCAAGCUGCCAGCCUGGACUGCCAGUGAUGACCAGAACUGUGCUGCAGCUCUGAAUUCACAGCUCCUUCUCUCCCAGCCCACAAGAAUUUGAGUUGGAGAGCCAGCAUGCUCUGGUAAGUGGAAAUCCUGACACUUCCAGAGAUGGAGUCAUCUUUCUCAUUUGGAGUGAUCCUUGCUGUCCUGGCCUCCCUCAUUAUUGCUGCUAAUGCACUAGUGGCCGUGGCUGUGCUGUUGUCAAUCCACAAGAAUGUUGGUGUCAAUCUCUGCUUCACCUUGAAUCUGGCUGUGGCUGACACCUUGCUUGGUGUGGCCAUUUCUGGCAUAGUCACAGACCAGCUCUCCAGCCCAGCUCAGCCCACACAGAAGACCCUGUGCAGUCUUCGGAUGGCAUUUGUCACUUCUUCUGCAGCUGCCUCUGUCCUCACCGUCAUGCUGAUUGCCUUUGACAGGUACCUUGCCAUCAAGCAGCCCCUCCGCUACUUCCAGAUCAUGAACGGGCUCGUGGCUGGAGCCUGCCUUGCUGGGCUGUGGUUGGUGUCUUACCUCAUUGGCUUCCUCCCACUUGGAAUCCCUAUGUUCCAGCAGACCACCUACCAGGGCCCCUGCAGCUUCUUUGCUGUGUUUCACCCACGCUUUGUGCUGACACUCUCCUGCAUUGGCUUCUUCCCAGCCCUGCUCCUUUUUGUCUUCUUCUACUGUGACAUGCUCAAGAUUGCCUUCGUGCACAGCCAGCAGAUCCGAAAGAUGGAGCAUGCUGGAGCCACGGCUGGAGCUUACCAGCCCCCACGGACUCCCAGCGACUUCAAGGCUGUCCUCACUGUAGCUGUUCUCAUCGGGAGCUUCACUCUAUCCUGGACCCCAUUUCUUAUCACUGGCAUUGUGCAGGUGGCCUGCCAGGAGUGCCAUCUCUACAUAGUGCUGGAACGGUACCUGUGGCUGCUUGGCGUGUGCAAUUCCCUGCUCAACCCACUCAUCUAUGCCUAUUGGCAGAAGGAGGUGCGGCAGCAGCUCUAUCAGAUGGCCCUGGGAGUGAAGAAGGGGCUUGCUUCAUUACUUCUUCUCUUCGGCAGGGAUGGCGGCCCAGAGGUGUCAAGGGAAACUUCCUGUCACAUUGCCACUGUCUCCCACCCACAGCUUGAUGGCUAAGUUGUAACUGGCAAAACUGAAUAGAAACCAGUGAAAUCAGCAGGCAUCAGAGAUACUUCACGGACACAAAUAUACCAAGAGGAAAAAUGGUGUUGAAA